CAUAUUAAAUAACCAGUCUUACAACUACAUUUUAGCGAGGAAUGUUAUUACGGUUAUGGCUCGUUGUUUAACAGUGUUUGUGUUCAUAUUUCUGGCCGGAACCGCUGCCGCUGCAGUGUUUGAUUUAGAAGAAGGAGACCGCUGCAGGUUGAGAUCCAACGAUGAAGGCUACUGCGCCAUCAUUUCCAAAUGCGAUUACGCUUACGCCCUUUUAGUUCUCGGAUAUAAACCGGAAACGUGCGGUUUUAAAGGCAAAGUUCCGAUCGUUUGCUGUACGAAAUUUAAGAGUGAAUUCGACGAAACACCUUCGCAAUCCGCCUUUUUCUAACCUAUAGAAAUAUAACACUGUGUGAUAUACAAUUUAGCUAAUAGAAACAAUUUUACGUAUAUUGAUUUGCUUAUUCAAUUAGAAACCAA